AAUAGAGGGGCGUGGUCAAGUGAGCGGCAGCGGCGGCGGGGUGCUGACCGAGACCCCUGCCCAUGGCCCACAGCACCAAGCAGCCGCCUGCCGCCCUGCUACACGCCACGGGCAAGGCUCAGCAUGGGAACUUCCUGGUGGCCAUCAAACAGGAGAAGGGAGAGUCGGCGCGGGUGGGCGGCGAGAAGCCGGAGGAGGAGCCGGUGAAGAAGAGGGGCUGGCCCAAGGGCAAGAAGAGGAAGAAGAUCCUUCCCAACGGCCCCAAAGCCCCCGUGACGGGCUACGUGCGCUUCCUGAACGAGCGGCGCGAGCAGAUCCGCACGCAGCACCCUGACCUGCCCUUCCCAGAGAUCACAAAGAUGCUGGGAGCAGAGUGGAGCAAACUGCAGCUCUCAGAGAAGCAGCGGUACCUGGACGAGGCAGAGCGGGAGAAGCAGCAGUACAUGAAGGAGCUGCGGGAGUACCAGCAGUCAGAGGCCUACAAAAUGUGCACAGAGAAGAUCCAGGAGAAAAAGAUCAAAAAAGAGGACGUGGGCACGGUGGGUGUGAACACCCUACUCAACGGGCACCCGCACAAGGCUGGUGAGUGCAGCGACACCUUCUCCACCUUCGAUGUGCCCAUCUUCACCGAGGAGUUCUUGGACCAAAACAAGGCCCGGGAGGCUGAGCUGCGGCGCCUGCGCAAGAUGAACACGGAGUUUGAGGAGCAGAAUGCCAUCCUGCAGAAGCACACGGAGAGCAUGAACUGCGCCAAGGAGAAGCUGGAGCAGGAGCUGGUGCAGGAGGAGCGGCAGACCCUGGCCCUGCAGCAGCAGCUCCAGUCUGUGCGGCAGGCCCUCACUGCCAGCUUCGCCUCCCUCCCCAUCCCCGGCACUGGGGAGACCCCCACGCUGAGCACCCUGGACUUCUACAUGGCCAAACUGCACAGUGCCAUUGAGAGCAACCCCCUGCAGCACGAGCCGCUGGUGCUGCGUGUCAAGGAGAUCCUGUCCCGGAUUGCCAGUGAACACUUGUGAGAGGACCAGUCCUUCAGACCCCGGACCUGGCUGGACCCCGGGCCUGUCCCUUGGAGCUCUCUCAAGGGACAGUCUCUGCAGGGGCUCUGGCUGCUCCCCCUGCCCCUUGCACCUUCCUGCAGCCUGGACUGCCUGACCCAGGGCUGCACCAGCUCCAGGGACCUUGAGCUUUGGGGGACAAGUGGUGACAGGGCUGAAAGCCCAGCUGGGGCAGUGCUGGGAGAGGGUCAGCAUCAGUGUGAGCACCCCUGGCUCUCCCCUGGUCCCCCAGCCCUGCCUUGCCAACCAGGGGCUCCCUGAAGCCUGACUGGGGCAGGGGAGGCGCUGGUGGGUUUGGGCCUGGAGUGAACACACCCCUCUAGGGUGA